GAUGGCCGAAGGCGGAAGUAACUGUUAAAAGGUGCUCGAAAGUUUCUUUCAAAAGUUGAUGGAAGUUUUCUGGGGACAACCAUGCAGAAAGUGCUCGUAUAAUCAUCACGUACCUGACACUUGUUUGAGUCACCUGACACUUGUCAUCAUGGCUGAGGGACAAUGUACAACGGGUCACUCAUGUGAAACUGCAGGCUCACCUCAAACUUCUACCAGCCAGCUGAAGAGGAAGGGGGAGGAUGGAGAAGGGUUUCCUGGGAAUAAGAAACCAGCUCCUUUUGGAGAGGAAGGGACACCAGUGGGAGGUUCCAUAUAUGGGGUUCAUAAGUACUUUUAUUACAUCAAAGAAAAGGUGAGCUCAGACUGGAAGGACCUGGCCUUCCAUCUUGGGUUUGAACAACCCGACAUCGACAACAUCGAAGGGAGAAACCGAGAUGACAAGUCUCGCUGUAUGGACCUGUUGGAGGAAUGGCUGAAGCGUAACGGAGAGAGAGCCACCAUAGAGGUCCUGAUGGAGGCUCUGACUGAGGCAAACCUGCAGAGUGUUGUGGAUGGGAUAAGGAAGGAGUUACUUGAAGUGGCCUCUCCAGUUGGAGCUACAGGAACAGAGUCGUCUACAUUGACAGAUGUGUUCCAGGAGUCUGUGAAGAAGUACUAUGAGUUGAAACUGUCUCACUUUAAGCCUCUGAUCUGGAAUGACAACUUCACACUUUCCCUCAGCGAUGUUUUCACCCAGUUAGAGUUGAUGCGAACACCAAUGGGACAACAAAGGAAAGAACUGAAGUCAUUAGACGACUUGCUUAAUCCAAAUAUAACAGGACUGUCCAAAGCACCAAGGUGUAUUCUGAUUGAUGGUGAAGCCGGAGGGGGAAAGACAACAUUUCUGUCAAAAAAAGCACUGGAAGCUGUCUCACAGAAAACAGAGCUGGGUAGGCAGCACAACAUUGUCCUGUUUAUCCGACUUCGAGAGGUGAGCAAGGGGGAGACCAUAGAGGAGAUGGUGUGGGAUCAGUGCGUUCCCAAAAGGAAAGAUAUUAAUGUAGAGUCCAUUGAAGCAAUCCUUGAGGAAAACGAGUCCAGUGUGCUCUUCCUCCUAGAUGGGUAUGAUGAGCUGCGGCCUGAGGCCAGGACUGCCAGUCAGGCCAUUCCCAAACUGCUGUCUGGCAAGUUGUACCCUAACAGCACGAUUGUGAUCACCUCCCGACCCUCAGCAGGAGUGCAGCAGCACACCCGGCCAGACUGUCAUGUGCACAUCAUGGGCUUCUCUGAUAAACACGUUGAGAAAUACAUGCGACAGUAUUUCACUCUUGUUGGGAAGCAAGAACUGACAAAGGCACUUGCUGAACAUGUCAAAGAUAAAUUUUUGAACACUUUAAUCUAUACACCAAUCUUCUUGAUGUUCAUCUGUGUGUUGUGGGAAGAGGACCAACAGUUAGUGUCUACAGGAACAAUCACAGGCCUGUAUGACAACCUGCUGACAUGUCUGGUUAGAAAGUACUGUAAGCGGGAAGGAGUGGACAUGCCAACAGAAGGGCUACCUACAGAGGUUGCUGAGUCAUUACUGCAGCUUGGCAAGCUUGCACUGGAUGCACUGCUGAGGAACGAUACCAUGCUUGAUCUUACAGAAGUAGAGAGAGAAAAUGUGAAUUGGAAGUUGCUGUUAAAGCUGGGUGUGGUCUCCUUGGAGGAUUCUUCCUCUAAGUUGCAUCCUAGGAAACAGCUGAACUUUCCCCACAAGACCAUGCAAGAGUUCCUGGCUGGACGGUAUGUCGCUCGUGCUUUGGUGAGCCAAGACAUUGUAGAGCUGCUACAGCUCACCUCUAUAGCAAAGGCACUUGAACUCAGCAACCUGCUUCAGUUCACGUGUGGCUGUGAGUCACGGGCAGCACAAUCUGUGAUGCAAGAACUGAGCAAUCUUAGUAAGAAGGAGUUUUCUCAUUUACAACCAGAUGACUUUCAGGGGUCCCACCUACCUGUAAAGCAAGAGAUAGGAAGAUCAGUUGAAACGUACAAGAAGUUCAUUUUGGUCUGCCUAAAUCUUCUGAAUGAAAGAAAAGAGCUGGAUGUACUACAUGCUGUCAGCAGAGCCCUGCCAGUUGUAAUUAUCGUCAUGGACCACAUCUGGCACAGUAAACAGAGUGAUGCAUUGAAUUAUUACUUGAAAAACAUCCAAUCAUCACAUCUUCCCGAUAGAAUGGUGCUAGAAUCAAGAAGUGUGAAAGCUUUUCAGUGCCUGGAACAGCUUUUCACAACCCCCAUUCCUGGCUUAAAGUUAGACCUAAAACUUAGCAAUGUUCUGACAUUUUACUCAGCUGAUGAAACAGCCAGACUGGUCUCAGUUCUGAAGAAUGUGCCUUGUCUGAGGGCACUGGAACUGUCAUACUUAGAGGUAACGCCAUCAUCACUCCAGCCUCUUUUGUUUGGGUUCAGCCACGUGUCUCUGUUAGAGGAGCUAGAUCUUAUGCUACGACUUUGUGAUGCUGAGAUGGAAUUCCUGCCGGUUGUGCUGUCCAGUUUUCCACACCUGGCUGUACUUCGUGUUGGAGAGACAGCUGCUGGCAUGGCUUCCCUGGCUCCACACAUGCGCCACCUGGUGAGACUGAGAGAACUGUGUAUCCACAGAAGUGAUAUCAGUGACACUGAUACAGAGUCUCUUGUUGCUGUCCUGCCCACCUUCACAGCGAUGCAGGUGUUGGUGCUUGUUUGGACUGGUAUAAGUCCCACAGGCAUGUGCAUACUAGCCCCUGCUCUGUGUCAGCUAACCAGACUUAUCAAACUGGACUUAAGUCAUAAUUAUAAAAUAGGAGACCCUGGGUUGGAAUGUCUUUCAGCUAUCCUCCACCACCUCACAGCCAUGAAGGUGUUGGUUCUCACAUCGACAGGUAUCAGUGACAAGGGAAUAUCAUCUCUGAUCAAGGCUUUGCCUCACCUGGAGGAACUACAGGUGUUAGAUGUGAGUAGCAAUGACAUAGGAGACACUGGGAUUGUCUCACUGGUGCAAACACUCUGCCAGCCAAGCACUUUGGACACAGAGCAAAAUCCGCCUGGUGACAAGAGUCUGACCGCAGACCCCACACUACAGGUGCUGAAAAUCGGGUGGAAUAAGAGAGUAACAGGAGCCGGGCUGGGGAGGGUCACACAGCUCAUCAGUGCACUGCCGGCACUGAUCUUUCUGGACAUAUCUGGAGAGUCCUGCACUAUUGGUCACACGUACACACCCGUACACCUGCCGGACACUGCAGCCAUGGCGCUGGCUGAGGCUCUACCCAGACUCCCUGCCCUGGAGGGGCUGGCUUUGAUGCACAUCUCCAUGAAGCCUGCAGGGUUCCAGGCUGUGGUGCAUGCUGCUGAGGAACACCCAACACUGGAGAGGUUACACUACUGUAAUAUUGGAGUCAAUGUUCCUGAAGGGGCAGACACCACAGCCAGCUGCCUGAAGUUGAGCUGAGUUCCCAACAUGCUGAGCUGUCCUGCAAAUGGUCUCAGCUGAGGUCAGCAUAUUGUAUGUAAAUACAGAGGUAAUAGCCAGUACUGAAGUUGGGGACAUAGAUAGAGAAGUUUAUUUUGUUUCCAUUCAAGAUGGAAGGAGCUUCCAAAUACAAUAUAAAAUGUAUUGUAUCCAUCCUAAAGCCACAGUGCAUCAGCAUGUGUAAAGUGUGGGGGCCACAGGUGAAACUGCAAUGUAGCUUUUGGCAAAAUCUUCUUAGAAGAUUAACUGGACCAUGGAAAACGUAUUU